AGAAUGCUGAACAAGAAGAAGAGCGAAGUAGCUGCACAAGCAAGUGUUGAUUCAUGCUGAUUUUGUCUAUUCAUCUAAAGUCCUGUUUGAGGAAAGUCCUUUGUUUAACACUUAUGUGGUUUAUAAAGAGGAACAACUGCACGAGUAACCACUGAAGUCUUCUGACAUACUAUUCCUAAAAUGAAGUCUGUUAAAGAAGAGUUUAAAGAGGAGAGUGAAGACAUCAGUAUUACAGAAUCAUGUAGAAUGAAACAUGAAGAUACUGAAGAACAAAGAGACUUGACAGAAGUGAAAGAGGAAUGUCAAGAACUGAAUGACGUGGAGGAGAAACAUCAGCAUCGAAAGCUUGAUAAUAUCCUGACUGCUUCACCAUCUUUUAGUGGCUCAAAGACUGAAAAUAAUGUCUCAAAGAAAAUAAUAAAAAAAAGAAGAGACAAAAAGUCUUACACCUGCUCUCAGUGUGGAAAGAGUUUGUCACGAAAAGGACAUCUUCAGCGUCACAUGAAAAUUCACACUGGAGAGAAGCCUUUCACCUGUUCUCAAUGUGGAAAGAGUUUUUCACAGAAAGGAACUCUUAAAGCUCACGUAAGAAUUCACACUGGAGAGAAGCCUUUCACCUGCUCACUGUGUGGAAAGAGUUUCAAGCAAUCAGGCUAUCUCACAAUUCAUCUGCGCUGUCACUCUGGAUUAAGACCAUUUAACUGUGAUCAGUGCGGCAAGACAUUUACACAGGCAUCACAACUAAAAGCGCACAUAUCAACUCACACAAAUGAGAAGCCUUAUGUGUGUUCUCUUUGUGGAAAGAGUUUUGUUGAAUCAGGACACCGGAGAGCACAUGAGCGAGUGCAUACUGGAGAGAAGCCAUACCACUGUACUUCAUGUGGAAAGAGUUUUAGCUACUCAAGUAAUCUAAAGACUCAUCAAAAAAAACGUUGUCCAAAACUGUCAUAGUGAGCAAUGUGAAUUUCAGUGCCAAAAAGUAUCAGUGAUGUGAUACUUCUGUAUUA